UGCAUCGCACUCGCUUUGACAGUGUUAAAUGAAGGCGCACAUCAUGGCGCGUGUCGUGACAUAUUUUGCGCACCUGUACACAGCUUUGUUUUUCGCUUUGACGUGCAUGUCACUGUUCGGACCGAUUUCAUGUCAGAGCAGCGUUUUAAACCGGAGAAACGAACGGGACCGAGAGCUUGACAGCCACGGUGGGCAUGUCGUUGGCAGAGAUGAAUCGCUUAUUCCAGCGCUCAGCCGCGGAGAUUACAGCGGGGACCCGGUCGGACCGGCCAUGGGAUUUCCCCGAGUCCGGAGGGCAUCGAACAUGGAGAAAGUCUCACUGCUCAGCAGCUCUUUCGUCCUUAAAGGAGAUGCCACCCACAACCAGGCAAUGGUUCACUGGACGGGGGAGAACAGCAGCGUCAUCCUCAUUCUCACAAAGUAUUACCAUGCAGACUCCAACAAAGUUCUUGAGAGCUCCCUAUGGAGAUCCAGUGAUUAUGGGACAACCUACAGCAAGCUUAACCUGAUGCCAGGGACAACUAUCAUAGUCACAAGCUUCUACAUUUGUCCUACCAAUAAGAAAAAGGUAAUCUUGGUGAGCUCCAGCAUCAAUGAACGUGACCAGAUGCUCUUCAUCAGCAUGGAUGAGGGUGCAUCCUUCCAACGACAGCCUGUUUCCUUCACCGUGGAAACACUACUCUUUCACCCAUCUGAGGAAGACAAACUUUUGGCUUACACCAAGGAGGCGAAGCUGUAUGUCUCCACUGAUCUGGGUCACAAAUGGACUCUGCUACAGGAGCGUGUAACUAAAGACAGAGUUAUCUGGGCCGUGUCAGGAGUGGAUGUGGACCCUGAUUUGGUUCAUAUGGAGAUUCAAGACAUCGGUGGUGGAUACCUUUAUGUGACAUGUCUCAUCCAGAAUUGCUCGGAUAAAAUGGUGACAGCUCAGUUCUUGGGGAAGAUUGACCACAAUUCCCUCUCAGUGCAAGAUGAGUACAUAUUUGUAAAGGUAACCACAGGAAAUUGUACCAAGUAUUAUGUCUCAUACCGGAGGAAUGAAUUUGUUCAGAUGAGAUUUCCGAAAUAUGCUCUACCAAAGGAUGUGCAAAUUGUGAGUACAGAUGAGAAUCAGGUAUAUCUGGCUCUGCAGGAAUGGUAUCAGACAGACACGUACAACCUCUACCAGUCAGAUCUACAGGGAGUCUAUUACUCCAUUGUGCUGGAGAAUGUCCGCAGCACCAAACAGCCUGAAGAGAAUGUCCUCAUCGACAUCUUAGAGGUUCGUGGGAUUAAGGGCAUUUUCUUGGCCAAUCAAAAAGUAGAUGGAAAAGUGAUGACUCUUAUCACUUACAACAAAGGCAGAGACUGGGAACCCCUGACCCCACCCACAACUGAUAUGAAUGGCAAACCAGUGAAUUGCAAGCAGCCUGACUGUCACCUACAUCUCCACUUGCGAUGGGCUGACAACCCGUACGUGUCCGGAACGGUCCACACUAAAGAUUCUGCCCCAGGCCUCAUAAUGGGUGCAGGUAACCUUGGGUCUCAGCUGGUUGAACAUAAAGAGGAGAUGUACAUCACCUCAGAUUGUGGCAAAACCUGGAGACAGGUAUUUGAGGAAGAACAUCACAUUCUCUAUCUGGAUCAUGGCGGUGUUAUUGUGGCCAUUAAGGACACCUCAAUCCCUUUAAAAAUACUGAAAUUCAGCAUAGAUGAGGGCCGAACAUGGAGUGUUCACAACUUUACCAGUACCUCUGUAUUUGUGGAUGGACUUCUAAGUGAACCUGGGGAUGAGACACUGGUUAUGACAGUAUUCGGCCACAUAAGUUACCGUUCCGACUGGGAGCUGGUGAAGGUGGAUUUUCGUCAGUCUUUCCCCAGACAAUGCACAGAAGCUGACUAUGACUCCUGGAAACUCACUGACUUACAGGGAGAGAAAUGCAUCAUGGGCCAGGAACGCAUGUACAGGAGGAGGAAAGAGUCAUCAUUCUGCAUUAAAGGAAAGAGCUUUACAUCAGCUCUAACUGCCAAACCUUGCCAGUGCACAGAGAAAGACUUUGCCUGUGACUACGGCUUUGAGCGAGCUCCCAGCCUUCGGUUAGAAGGUGAUCGCUGUUAUCCUGACUUUUGGCAUGAUCCUGACGCUCCACCUGAAAACUGCCACUUAGGACACAGCUAUAAGUCCAGCACUGGUUAUCGGAAGAUCAUCACUAAUGCAUGUGAGGGUGGUGUGAAUAAAGAGCAGAGCGAAAAGCAGCAUUCUUGCCCUCUGCUGCCCCCUAAAGGCCUGCAGCUGGGCAUCAAAGGCCAGAUGCUUGCAGUGGGACCUGGUGAUGACAUCACCUUUAUUGUCCAUCAAGAACAGGGUGACACUACCAGCACCAGAUAUCAGGUAGAUUUAAUGGAUGGGUUCAGGGCUAUAUAUGAAAACCUGACUGUCACAGACGAACCCAUUCAGCACCGUUAUGAGAAGCCAGGUGUUUACCGGGUUAAUGUGAAGGCUGAGAACUCUGUAGGACACGACCAAGCCACCCUUUACAUUCAGGUCACAGCUCCUUUACAGGAUGUCCAUCUGGAGGUGGUCCCAAUUGCUAGCAGAAAUCAGGAUGUAAAUCUCACAGCUGUAGUGCUACCUGCUGAGGCAAAUCUUACUGUGUUUUACUGGUGGAUUGGCGAUAACCUUCAGCCAAAACUGACGUUGGAGAACAGCCUGAUCACGAGGUUCUCUGAGGAGGGUGAGGUUCCUGUGACAGUUCAGGCCUCUAAUGGUCGCUCCAUGGUGCAGGAUGGCAAGACUGUCCAUGUAUAUGAUCAUUUCCAGGUCAUCCCACUCAGUUUCAGUCAUAAUCUGGACCGCUUUAACCCAAACAUCCCUGAGUGGAGACGAGAUGUGGGACAGGUUGUCACCAAGAUUCUCUCUAAGCUCACAGGGGUUCCUCAGGAUUCUAUGGUUACCAUGGUGAAGCCUGGUCUUCCCACCACUGCAGACCUGUAUGUUAUUCCUCAAGAAGCCACACUAGCGAAAAGGAGUGUUUUUGUAGAUAAGCGUGUUCCCACAAUAAAGCAAGUUCUGAGUGAGAACAAUGUGAGCUUCAUUGUGAGAGGAGGGUUAAGAGUACUGGUGACUCUGGCAGACUCUGAUGCAGUGAUCAUAGAUGCUCCUCAUCCAGGUUCUCGUUUGGGUGCAGCAGGUGCAGGUGUUUGGGCUCUAGCAGUCAUUCUCCUCAUAACCUUGAUCUCUGCUGCAGCCUUCAUACUCUUAAAGUUCAAAAGGAAAAACUACAAAAACCAUGGUUCCUUGCUGAGACCAGAGGAGAACAGCCUAACGCAUCCCUGGCUGCGUUUCAGAAAACUGCCAGGGCGAAACGUCUACGCCCAGAUGCACAAUGAGAAAGAGCAGGAAAUGACCAGCCCUGUCAAUCACAGUGAGGACACACAGAACAUCAUUCAAGGGGAGGAAUUCAUCGAUGAUGACCUUGACUCACAGACUCUAGGCAACCACUCGGGGGUGGUGUUGAGCAUAAAUUCACGGGAGCUGCACAGUUACCUGACCAGCUGAUGACCAGUGGGAGGGUGCCAGUGAUGAGCACAAUAGACUAUAUGCCUUCCUACUCUCUCCAGCUCUGUCCCUUCAGACACCCUUACAGGAAUAAGGCAGAGAAACACCUGCACCAAACCCUCUCUUCCUCUCUAUGUCUUCUUUUUCUCCAGCCUGUUCCCUCACUCAAGAAGGUAGAUUUUCUACACAACCUGCUGUGCCCGUUGCACUGAUGACAGGGCACACUCACAAACUGUUGAUCAGCUUUCCCCUCAUGUGCACAUCCUGCAAUCUGUCUCAUUCGCUCCCAUUUCCUCCCAAAAUGUUCUCAUAAUUGCUCUUAUCAUGGGACCAGGGAAAGGCCCUUAUCCAUCACUGCACUUACUAAUGCCCAGGGACAAGCUCAUUGACCAAACUCUUUAUUUGUCAUCUUUCUCACUGUGACUGGUUUGUCUUGUGCCCUUUUCAUUUUUUUCUAUGUACUGUUUGAAUACUGUUAUUUCACUCUCUCAGGCCAAUGAGGUGUCAUGGUCAUUGUAAAACUCUCACUCAAACUAGUCUUAAGAAUGAAUGCUGUGCAGAGGUGGUGCAAUGCACAUAGUGAGCAGGAAACAGUAUGCAUUUGAUUCAGGGGAAGCAAUGUUUGUUAGAUAUAGCCAAAGGGAAAACAUUUAAGAUAUUCUAAACAGUCUCACUUCACAUUUUCUUCCUAUCCUUUUACAACAUCUAGCAUUGUAAACAUUUUUAAACAAAUUUUAUUUGAACCCAUCGAGUUUUGAAUGCAAUAACACAACACUAGACAUUCACUCUUGCUUUAUAUUUUGUCAAUAAUGAAAUAUAUACAUAUAUUUGCCAUUUUGUGGAUACUCUAUGUAGUAAAGUCAAAUAAUUUUUAUCUGCGCCCCAUCUGGCUCAGCAGAACCUUAGAGUGUUAAGUCAGAAACAUACUUUACACAAGUACACGAACGCAGACGCAAGCGCUUGGCAAAUUUAUUUUAGGUCCAGUUGUAUUCAUAUGACGUGUUCUUGCAUUACUGUGGCGGUAACAAAUCUCUCAAGUACUCAAGGGGCGAUAGAGUUACAUUCAAAAGUCAGUGCCAUUAAACUGGAUGUGUUAUUAUUCAGGUGAGUUGCUAUAAAUCUAUUGACUUUAACUUACUUGCUCAGCAGUACUCUCUUCAAACUGUUUUUGCGCCAUAACUGUAGUUGACAUGAAAUAGAAAACCUUCAGAAAAAGUGGACAGUUCACACUUAUAUCCACUAUAGCACCCCUUGUGGCAAUGUUGAGACUGCAGUGCAACUUGCGUUAUGAACAGUGUUGGGUGUAAUCUGAUUACAAAGCAAUGUUACUGUAAUCUAAUUACUUUUAGUCAAAAAUUAGUGUAACACAUUACAUUUUGAAUUCUAGUAAUCAGAUGACAGUUACUGACUUUCAAUUAAGUUAAUUACUUUUAAGUACAUUACUUGGGUUACACAUUUCUAAAAUAGUAUUAUGUAUGUAGAAUUUAAAACACGAAUCAUGUUCAUAUGUACGUGUCUUUGUGUUUCUGUGAAAGCUGAAGGGAAUACACUCCUUAAGUCAUCGUAAGGGAGAAAUGUGUGGUGCUAUGCAUGACUUGCAUGCAACGAUGAACGGAGGAAAUAUAGACAUUAUUUUGAAUUUGUUUUAGAAAGUAACGUUAAAUGUAUUAGUAAUGUGAUUAUUUUGGGUGAAGUAACCUGAUUACAAUUUACAGAAUCAACCAUUUGUAGGGGAUUACUUUUUUUGAGUAGCUUAUUAAACAGCGAUUAUGAAUUUUGGUCAGAUACAUUUUGGAACGCAGCAAUGCACGAAAUCAUGCUUGGGUAGCUAGAAGCGUCUGCUCUCAUGUACUUGCAUUGUAUGUUUCGGCUUUUACUGUUUUUCCUUUUCUCUCCUGCCCCACAUCACUAAUAGCCACGGUCCAGUUAGUAUAUGCUAUGACAAUUUAGAGAUAGUUAAAAUGUAUUACAUUGACCCCAGAAAUGCAGACAAUUGUGGUUUGCUUGUAUAGCAAGCAUAAAGUUCUUGUUUUCGGUCAAGGAGCUUAAAGUUGAUACAGCCUACCUUUCCAAUUGUAAGUAAAUGCCAAACCAGCAUGUCUCAAAUAGUUUUGGUGAAAACCUGCACCAAUGAGAACUCUAUCCCCAGAGACUUAUUUAUAUAAUGUUUCUCCAGGAAGUGUAGUGCCAAAUAUUUGUCUUGUGUCUUUCAGAGAAUAAGUCAUCUUGAUCUAUUCUAAUUCUAAUGCAUAAAAGCAUCUGAUCUGUGCUUUUUCAUUGCAUAAUGAAACACUACUUUUACAAAUCAAAUUCCAUUGUUCAUCAUAUUGAAAUCCUUUAAGAAGCUAGAUUUAAAUUCAUAAGCUAAUUUAUUUAUUCAACUUUAGGUUUACUCACAAACAUCAGACAUCAAAUCUUGACAAGGAGUCGGCAUAGAAUGAUCCAGUGUAGCAUUUGCUACCUGUCUGAGGAGUUUGGCAGGUGUAGUGUCUAUAAGCCUAUAUUAGGCAUCAUAGGACAAGGUUAAGUUCCCUUUUCUUUGGCUUAUGUAUAUAUAUAACAAUGUGUACAGGGAAACUUCGGUUGUAUAUAGCCCUCCUAAAUAUGACACUUUCAAUUGUCCAAAAUGUGCAGGUUUUUUUUUUCCCCAAAUGCCUCGCACUGGGUUUUCUUAAAGUUCAGUUCUAUAUGGACAUUAAAUGAUCACUUCUACAUUGUGUCUUCACAAAGUUUGUGUCAUCUCAUCAUUCUAUUGUCAAUUCUCAUCUUUGUCUUCUUCUAGAAACGACUCCUUUAUUCAACGUUGUUUACUGAAGAUUAUUCGUAAUAUUUCAUUAUAUCUAUAACAUUCACGCUCAUGUGACUAAUGAACUGUGUGAGAGGUGGUACGCCGUGUCCUUGUGUGCAUACUGAUAUGGGUCAUUGUUUUUGUGGUCUGUUGCUGUUGGUAUCGCUGGUGUUUUAGGGAUAUUAAUUAAUGAGGGUCUCUCACUUGCACUAAUCACAUAGUUAGCAGUGUUUUUCAGGUGGUUUUAGGGACGAAUUUCGGGAUGAGACAGCUGUCUGUUAGUACAGAACAUACAUCACUAAGAAAGACACUGUGUGUCUUGCUUGAAUGAAUUUGAGUAAAAUGAGAGAAUUAAUUUGGGAAGUCUUUACCAAAUGCAGUCUUUAUGUAUUGAUACUUUGCAUUAUCACUGUUUCUUUAAUCAAUUCUGCUGUGGACCUUAAGCUGAAGUAGACUGAAGUAUAUGUUUCAUGUUUAAUUCAAACAAGCAGACUGCUUCAUAAUGGUCUUAAAUCAAUGUGGAGUCUCUCAGCAUAAACCAAAAGGAAAGAUGGCCUCUCUACACACCUACCCAGAAAUUGAUGGUAAUGUGUGUCAAUAAUAAAUAAAUGCAAACAAUGUGCAUUUAUUGCAGCAGAAGUGGUACUGUCAAAAAAUCUGUUAUUCUUUCUUUUUUUAACUGUAUAGAGUAUGCAUACAUAGUUAAUUAGUGAUGUGUUGUCUAUAUUUCCAUCCCCUUUUCAGCCAACUGAAAGGGGAAUUAUAAGGAACUUAUGAGGACAAGCUUGUGUGGUAUUCACAAUGCAAUUCCUAUUAUGAGAUGCGUCUACAUCAGUUUAGCUUUAGUGACUGCACACUCCUGCAACAAGGCACUUCUGAAAUAAUACACACCCAGAUCCACUUUUUGAAUCUCACCUUUACAGACUGAAACCUUGUGGAAAAUGACUACACAGUUAAACUGAUUCUGUAUUUUACUGAAUUCGAUUUGUUCUUGUUUCUUGAUUAUGUAAAUGUUUUUGACUCCACAGCAAAAAGUGAAAAGCACUUAAUCAGUGUGUCCUUAAACACCCUAACUGCAUAGUUUUGCUUUGUUAGUUUGAUCUGUUUAAUAAAGUUUUAACAUUCUUCAUGA